AUGCCCAAAGCCCCUCGCAAUCUUCAAGCUUGCCAAGAAUGUCGCAGCCGCAAGGUCCGAUGUGACGGGGUCAAGCCCCGUUGCAACGUGUGCCUGCGGAGGAACGAAGCCUGUCAGUGGCCGGCGCGGCUCGUGCCAGGCAACUACCAAUUGGUUUAUGUCGAGGAAGCGAUUCCAGAGCAGACUCGGCCCAGACAAUCGCCUGGUCAUGAUGCCUAUCCUUCGCCGGCGCCGCUGGCGGGUAAGCCCCUGCCGGUGCCGCUGAGGCAGCGACUCGUCCAUCUCUUUUCACAGACACAUCAUAUGCUGGAACUUUGCGGCUGCAUCGACCUGGACAUGGUCAACAGCGCGACCACUACGGACACGGAGGAUUUUCUACUUCAGUCCAUCCUGGCGCUGUCGUCCUUGUACCUGACCGAUGUCGAGGCCGCCUCCGAUUCCCGCUUCACCGAUUCCAAGAGCCUCCUGUGCUUCUAUAGGUCCAAGGCCCAAGCGUCAUCUCGCGCCCUUUCCGACAAGCCCUCAAUAAUCACCAUCCAAGCCAACCUCGUUCUCGGCCUCGGCGAGCUCCUGACCAUGGCCACAUCCAAGGCCUGGCUGCACAUUGGCCUCGCCAUCCGCAUGGCCCAGUCGCUGCGCAUGCGGCGCGAGCACAACCGGCGCCACGUCCCGCGCCAGCGCGAAGUCCGGCGGCGCACCUUCUGGGCCUGCGUGGUGCUCGACUGCCUGGUCGCCUACUGCACGCACCGCACCCAGACCAUUGACCUCGCCCUCGUCCAGCUCCAUCUUCCGUGCCACGAGGUGGCCUUUGCGUUUGGGCACGAGAGUCCAGGCCCGACUGUGGCCGAGCUGGGGCGCGGAACCCGCGACGGGCCGGCGGAACAGGCAUCGCUGGCGUACUUUGUCAAGACCUUUCUGCUGUGGUCGCCCGUGGCCCGGAUAUACGUGGAUGGCGGCCGGGGGGCCGAGCAGUCGGGAGCGCCCAAACCGGUCGUCAGCUCGGGCGACUAUGAAGCGGUCAUGGCCGCGUGGCGAGACGCGCUGCCGGACGAGAUGCAGUUCUCUGAACGCAACCUGCGCGCGCAUCAGUCUCUAGGGCAGAUGGCGCAUUUUGUCAGCAUGCAUUUGCUCGUGCAGCAUGCCACUUUUCUGUCGCACCACGAGUAUCUGCCACACGUCGAGGAGAGCGACGUGGCAAGCACACUGGCGGCGGCGAGCACACUCAAGGACAGUGACGCCGAUGCGAUCCUAAUUUGUCUACACGGGGCCAACACAGUCGUCGCCAUGCUGAGGCUUGUGGACAACAUCACGGCAGGGCUCAACUACACGCAGCUGGGCGUCUGCGCCGGUGUUCCCAUCGUCACUGCGGCGAGUGUUUUGCUCUGGGCGCACCACUGUAGCCGCGCCGCCACGCUGUUUGUGCGCCUUUCCGACGAUGAGGUGGCACGAGCGAGAUAUGAUGUCGACUAUCUCAUCGGGAUACUGGACUCGUGGACCAAGACGUGGCGGUUGGCGAGAGCAUGGGCCAAUUGCGUUCGGCUCUUGGACGAAUUCUACCAAUCUAGGUACCGCCGGGGCAAUCAACACGUCAACAACAGCAGCACCGAUUCUGUUCCCUCUCCGACAAGCGGCGAGUCGGUGCCAGUGUCUCCCAUACCCCUGCGCGAUGGCGACGGAUACCCGGACGUGACCAUGAUCCCGACCGAAACGUACUACAAGGUCCGUCUCAUUACGGGUCUCAUUCUUGAGCAGCCAGAGCUUUGCAAGAAGUUUUUGCGGACGUCUUCAGAGGAAACUCCCAGUGAUGGUGGGCUGCAAGAAUCUGUAGACCUAUGGGGCGUUGAUAUCGAGGAUUUUUUAUGGAUGAAUGACCCAGAUUUGGUCAUGGCUGCUUCGACGCUCUGGAGUGAUUUUACACUAUAG